AAAGCUAGGUCAUCCACGUGGUCUUUCUCUUGACCGCCAUCUUGGUUUGUGAACGGCAAAGUUUUGUGGUUCACCUCUGUUCCAACGAAUAAGUCGACCACUUUGAAAAAUGUCCUCUCUUUAUAAGGAAAAAGGAGCCGUUCCCGAGGAGGAAGUUCAAAUCCACAGGAUCCGCAUUACUCUUACCAGCCGUAAUGUGAAAAGUCUUGAAAAGGUCUGUGCUGACCUCAUCCGUGGAGCUAAAGAAAAGAAGCUGAAGGUGAAGGGGCCUGUACGCAUGCCUACCAAGUACCUGAAGAUCACUACCAGGAAGACACCUUGUGGUGAGGGGUCCAAGACCUGGGAUAGAUUUGAGAUGAGAAUCCACAAGCGUCUCAUCGAUCUCCACAGUCCUUCUGAGAUCGUCAAGCAAAUUACAUCUAUCAGCAUUGAACCAGGUGUUGAAGUUGAGGUCACCAUUGCUGAUGCAUAAGUGCAAUAUAAUGUGAUCAAACAGACCAUCAAGGAAAAAUAAAGAAACUUCUCUGAUAAUUUA